GUUCCGCGGCUUCACGUCCGCGGGCGACGCGGGCAUGUUCAUCGACAAGUACAGCCAGUUCAUCUUCGGCGACACCUACAAGAUCGGUCCGCCGGGCCUGCCCGAGCCGGGCAUGCGCGCGCUGCUGCUCGAGCUGUCGCGCGAGCAGAAGAUGCAGCGCGACCUCAUCCUCGCGAUGACGCUCAUGUCGAUGAAGCAGGACCCGCCCUUCCUCGUGAAGAAGGUCAUCCGGCUCCUCCGCACGGCGGGCUGGCGCGUCAUCAACAAGCACUGGCACGAAGCCAUCAACUUCUGCAUCCAGCAGGGCUCCGUCCGCGCGUCGCUCCGGGACAACGGCCUCGCCUUCGAGGUGUUCUGGCCGAAGUAG